CCUUCAAUGUGAAUUUGACAUUGAGAGAGGUAGUUGCUCUACUCAUUCUCUCUUUUACUUGAGAGUUUUUAUGGUUAUCGUUAUUAUUUUGGUUUUGGAGGAGGAGACAGAAAGAGAAGAAAAUGGCCUUGGGAGGUUUUGCCUUCAAUGGGCAUGAUAAUAGCUUCAAUGGCAAGAUAACAGUGUCAGUGUUGAUUACGUGCAUUAUCGCUGCAUCCAGUGGCCUCAUUUUUGGCUAUGACAUCGGAAUUUCAGGAGGUGUAACUACAAUGGUACCAUUUCUCGAGAAAUUCUUUCCAUCAGUACUGAGGAAGGCAUCGGAGGCCAAAACAAAUAUUUAUUGUGUCUAUGAUAGUCAGGUUUUAACAUCCUUCACAUCGUCGCUGUACAUAGCAGGGUUAGCCGCUUCCCUUGUAGCUAGCCGCGUUACUGCAACAUUGGGCCGCAAGAACACCAUGGUCCUAGGUGGCUGCGCCUUCCUUGCUGGUGCUGCCAUCAAUGGUGCUGCUGCCAGCAUUGCCAUGCUCAUCCUAGGCCGUAUUUUACUUGGUUUUGGAGUUGGCUUCACUAACCAGGCAACUCCUAUAUACCUGUCAGAGGUUGCACCACCAAAAUGGCGGGGUGCAUUCAACACAGGCUUCCAAUUUUUCAUAGGCAUUGGGGUAGUAACAUCUAACUGCAUAAAUUUUGGCACGGCCAAGCUCAGCUGGGGCUGGCGUCUGUCCCUUGGUCUUGCAAUUGUCCCUGCAGCUAUAAUGACAGUGGGUGCAUUCUCAAUCUCAGAUACUCCUACUAGCCUGGUGGAGCGGGGUAAGCUUGAACAAGCUAGAAAAUCUCUGAUUAAAGUCAGAGGAAGUGACACUAAUGUGGAUGCUGAGAUUGCUGAUCUAAUUAAGUCCAGUGAAGUAGCUAAAGCUACCAAGGAAGGAUCUUUUAUGACCAUAUUUGAAAGGCAGUAUAGGCCUCACCUAGUGUUGUCAAUUACUAUACCCUUUUUCCAACAAGUAACUGGGAUUAACAUUAUCGCAUUUUAUGCCCCUGUUCUUUUUCAAUCUCUUGGCUUUGGAAAUGAUUCAGCUCUAAUGGCAGCCAUAAUACUAGGAUUAGUUAAUCUUGGUUCAAUCCUUGUGUCUACUAGUGUGGUUGAUCGGUUCGGCCGAAGAUUCUUGUUCAUAGCUGGAGGAACUCAGAUGUUCAUUUGUCAGGUUGCAUUAGCAGGUGUGCUGGCUGUCACGUCAGGUGUUUCUGGCACUGAGCAAAUAUCCAAGGGCAAUGCAAUAUUAGUAGUAGUCUUAAUGUGCUUAUAUGCUGCUGGUUUUGGCUGGUCAUGGGGACCUUUGAGUUGGCUAAUUCCAAGUGAAAUAUUCCCUACGAAAAUUCGACCUACAGGCCAAAGCAUUAGUGUUGCUGUAAAUUUUGCUACCACAUUUGUCCUAUCACAAACCUUCUUGACCAUGCUAUGUCACUUCAAAUAUGGGAUAUUCUUAUUCUAUGCUGGUUGGAUUGCCGUGAUGACCAUAUUUGUCGUACUUUUCCUGCCAGAGACGAGAGGAAUUCCUCUGGAUUUUGUGUAUGAAGUAUUGGAACAGCAUUGGUUCUGGCGCAGGUUCGUUCAAGGUCAUCGUUAGGCAAAGCUUCGUUGAUGCAGCCAGAGCUUUGUGCAUAUGCGGUGGACUGAUUGCUUGCAGAAGCGUAAGGAAUUGUCAGAGCUUAUGUUCAUGUGUCUGUUUCAUUUCAUCCUCUAAUUAAUUGGAUUAAAUUUGAAUAUAGUUGUAUAGUAUCUUUACUGGCUGUUCACUGAUCCCAGAAACUAUAGUCAUGUUAUCUAUGUUAUGAGGUUCUACCAAAACUUGGGACAUUGUUUACUUUGUUAACUUAGACAAUGGCAAAGUGAUUAAAGCCAGUUACAGAAAACGUACAAUGUUUUCGUGCUCUAAGUUGUGGAAUGGUCCUCAGGUUGGCUUUAGUUCCCGUGGUAGGGCUAGAUACAAAUGCACAAAUUUAUCUAGCAGUUUGGUAUUUUUUAUUUACUUCGGUACCUUUAAUUAUUUAUUUGAA